UAUAUAUACAAGAGCCGCGAUUUCCCAGUGUUAUUGUCAAACCAUAGAAACGACACUUCGUACUGUGAAAUUUCGCUGCCUGCAACACCGGUCAUCUGUCGGCGUUCUGUUCGAUUUCAGGGGUUUAAUUACAAAGAUAAAAGGAAAAAAGCCACAAAACGGACGAAGAAGCUCUACCAGACACAAUGUCCGGAGAAGUUUCUCAGGACGCGCUGUACGCGAAUUCCUAUAUCAACGAUGCCUUUGUGGAAGACGAGAAACCCAGAGAGGAUGAGAUGGACCCCCCACCUCCGGAGGAUCCGACUCCGGCGUCAAAUAAAAAUAGAUUGUUUAGAAGAAAAAUAAAGGAUGCAAAGGAACCAGUGAAGCUGGUUGGAUUUUUCCAAUUAUACCGCUUUGCCAAACCUCUGGAUAUUAUUUUAAUGAUUGUGGGGUUACUCUGUGCCGCUGCCAAUGGGGUCGCUCUGCCACUCAUGAGUGUGAUUUUUGGCCAGAUGACAGACAGCUUUGUCCAGAGUGGUCAAGCCUUAAACGUUUCAGCCUUAGGCAACGUUACUCCCAGUUAUGCCAGCUCUGCCAAUUGUCCUACCAUGCCUGGAGUGGAUAUCGAAACUUUAAUGACCAAUCGUGCCUAUUACUUUGUGGGGAUUGGAGUAGCAGUACUCAUCCUUGGAACAUCUCAAGUCACGCUUUUCCUGCUGGCAGCUACCAGACAGACAAAAAGGAUCCGUGAGAGAUACUUCCAUUCAGUGAUCCACCAGCAAAUGGGAUGGUUUGACACACAUCAGAUCGGAGUGCUAAUUACCAGACUGACAGAUGAUAUUAACACAAUCAACGAUGGGCUGGGAGAAAAGAUCUGUUUAUUCGUGCAGUAUUUCUGCGCAUUCAUUGCUGGCAUCAUCAUUGGGUUUAUUAAUGGCUGGAAGCUGACCCUUGUCAUCCUAGCAGUCAGUCCUCUUCUUGCAGGAUCUGCUGCAGUCUGGUCCAAGAUUGUUGUCACACUGAUCAGUAAGGAGCUGUCAGCAUAUGCCAAGGCUGGGGCAGUUGCUGAGGAAUUUCUUGUGGCUAUCAGGACAGUCGUGGCUUUCAAUGGGCAGAAGAAAGCAGUGGAGAAGUACGAAUCUAACUUAGAGGAGGCCAGAAAUUUUGGGGUGAAAAAGGCUGUUGCAACCAAUGCGGCAAUGGGACUCACUCAGUUCUUUAUGUUGUCGACGUACGCCCUGGCCUUUUGGUAUGGAACAAAGCUUACAGUCGACGAACUUGAAAACUACUCCAUCGGACGGGUUCUCACUGUGUUUUUUUCUGUGAUGAUCGGAACAUUAUCUUUGGGUCGAGGAAUGCCAAACUUGGAGAGCGUAGCCAAGGCCCGUGGGGCGGCCUAUGAGAUCUACAAGACCAUUGACCUGCCGCGUCCGAUUGACAGCAGCUCGAAGGAAGGCCACAAGCCAGAAACGGUGAAAGGAGACAUAGAGUUCAAGAACAUUCACUUCAGUUACCCGUCCAGGAAGGAUGUGAAAAUCCUGCAGGGUGUGAAUCUGGUGGUCCCUCGUGGAAAGACCAUUGCCCUAGUGGGAGCCAGUGGCUGUGGAAAGAGCACCACCAUCCAGCUUCUGCAGCGUUUCUACGACCCAGAUGCUGGAGAGAUCACUUUGGACGGACAUGACAUCCGCACACUCAAUGUGAAAUGGCUGAGGGAGAACAUUGGCAUCGUCAGCCAGGAGCCUGUGCUCUUCGCAACCACGAUUGCUGAAAACAUCCGCUACGGCUGGGAGAACGCCACGGACGAGGACAUUGAGCGUGCCGUGAAGGAAGCCAACGCCUACGAGUUCAUAUCUAAACUCCCUGAUAAGAUGAACACGAUGGUCGGGGAACGGGGGGCCCAGCUGAGUGGGGGGCAGAAGCAGAGGAUCGCCAUCGCCAGAGCUCUAGUGAAAAAUCCCAACAUCCUGCUGCUAGAUGAGGCCACCUCUGCUCUGGACACUCAGAGCGAGUCUAUUGUGCAGGCUGCCCUAGAUAAGGCACGGGCCGGCCGGACGACAAUAAUCAUCGCUCACCGCCUGUCGACUAUCAAGACGGCCGACAUCAUCGCGGGCUUCAGUGACGGUGUGGUGACUGAGCAAGGAACCCACAGCCAGCUCAUGGCCUUGAAGGGGGUCUAUUACUCAUUAGUCAUGCAGCAGAAUUCAGGUAAAACAGAAGAUAGAAGUGAGUCAAGCGAAGACGACUCGUGUGAUGAGGACGUGGAGGAGGAGUCCUUUGAGGAGGACCCGGUCUAUGCAGAAAUUCUACACAAUGAUGUAGAAGAACAAGGCACAUCCCAGAACGUCUCUCUGAGGCGUACAGGCAGUAUCCAGCAGAGAUCUUCCAAGAAGAAGAAGAAGAAGAAGUUUCUCAAGAAACAUGCAGAUAAGGAGAAUAAGGAGGAAGAGAAGCUCCCAGAAGUUCCAUUCAAAAGAAUUUUAGCUUUGAAUAAGCCGGAGUGGCCUUACUUACUGAUUGGGGUGCUUGCCAGUUUGGUGGGAGGGGCCAUCUAUCCCUGCCUCGCUAUUGUCUUUGCAAAAAUAAUUGGGGUCUUUACUGAAACCGACCCGGAAGUGAAACGUCAGAAAACCCUGAUGUUUUCAUUGCUUUUCCUUCUGAUUGGUGGAGUCGCGUUCGUGACCUCCUUCUUACAGGGUUACAUGUUUGGCAAAUCAGGAGAACUUCUGACAAUGAGACUGAGAAGUCAGUGUUUCAGAGCCAUGAUGGGGCAGGAAAUCGGCUGGUUUGACGACAGCAGAAAUGCCGUGGGAGUUUUAACUACUAAACUGGCAACCGAUGCGUCGCUCGUCAAAGGGGCAGCAGGAUCCAGACUUGGCCUGGCUACGAACACCAUAUGCUCUCUGACCAUCGCCAUCGUCGUAGCCUUCAUCUUCAGCUGGCAGAUCACACUCCUCAUACUCGUCUGCGUGCCUUUCCUCUCGGGAGCCAACUUCAUACAGAUGAGGGCCAUUGGCGGCCAUGCUUCCAAAGACCAGCAAGCCCUGGAACUUUCUGGAAAGAUCUCCACAGAAACAGUUGAGAACUUCAAGACGGUUGUGUCCUUGUCACGAGAAGAAGUAUUUUUCCAGAAAUUCAAAGAUAGUUUGAGUUAUCCAUACAAGACUGCUCUAUGUAGAGCCCCUAUGUAUGGAUUGACCUACGCCCUUGCCCAAGCAACCCGGUUCUUUGUCAACGCUGCGAUUUUCCGUUUUGGCGCAUGGCUUAUAGCGCAUUGCUACACGCAGUAUGAGAAUGUUUUUCUUGUGUACUCCGUCAUUGUCUUUACUGCCGUAAAUGUUGGACAGUCCUCCAGUUUUGCUCCGGAUUUUGCAAAAGCAAAGGCAUCUGCACAGCGAAUAUUAACCUUGCUGGACAGGAAGCCUGAGAUCGACAGUUACAGUGAGAAGGGCGACAUGCCUGGAACCUGCACGGGGAACAUUGAGUUCCAUGACGUCCACUUCAUGUACCCAACCAGGCGGAACGUGAAUGUGCUGCAAGGCCUGAAUGUGUCUGUAAGCUCGGGCCAGACUCUGGCCCUGGUUGGUGGGAGUGGCUGUGGGAAAAGCACUUCUAUCCAGCUGCUGGAGCGUUUCUACGACGUCGCUUCUGGACACGUGUCUCUGGACGGGCACGACAUCAAGUCUCUGAACCUGGCCUGGCUGCGUUCUCAGCUGGGCCUGGUGUCUCAGGACCCCAUCCUGUUUGACUGCAGCAUUGCUGAGAACAUCCAGUAUGGCGACAACAGCCGUGACGUCUCCCAGACGGAGAUUGAGGAAGCAGCCAAGAGUGCCAAUAUCCAUACCUUUAUCCAGAGUCUUCCAGAGACAUACAACACCAGAGUGGGGGACAAAGGUGCCCAGCUGUCUGGGGGGCAGAAGCAGAUGAUUGCCAUCGCCCGAGCACUGGUGCGUCAUCCAAAGGUGUUGCUCCUGGACGAGGCCACUUCCGCACUGGACAACAAGAGUAAAAAGAUCGUGCAGCAGGCCCUGGACAAGGCGCGGCUCGGUCGCACCUGUGUGGUCAUCGCCCACCGUCUGUCCACCAUCCAGAACGCAGACAUCAUCGCCGUCAUCCAGAAUGGAAGGGUGGUCGAACAAGGAACGCACAGCCAACUCAUGCAGAGGGAAGGGGCCUAUUAUGCCCUAGUAAAUGCCCAGGUGUCUCACUGAGACAGUGAUUCAAGAUACCGGCACUCAGAGAGAAGUCAUACUUAUGACUGGGCUGCCAAUAAGCCUAUUUUAUUAAAAAUGUAAGUUAAAUAGGGUGGUUUAUAAUAAGAAAUACAUGCACUACUUUGAGACGCUCAUGAAGACGUUGGGUAGCUUCAGUGGUUUGUCAGCUUGACGUACAGUACAGUAUUGUGUUACUGUCUAUUUUUAAGAUGUUUUAGUGUAUUUGAAAGUUUUGUAUUGGCAGAAAGGUAAAAUAUUUAUGAAGACAAACAUUUGACUGACACUAAAUAAGAACCUUAUGUAUCCGUCCCAAGUUACCUACAAAUUUGACUUAAAGACAGACUUAAGGUAACGUGUCUAAUUCCUAACCGGGGGACUGUCUGUACAAGAGCAGCUGUCAUGUACAGAGUACAUAGUCAGUUCCACCAUGAUAUUAAAUUUUUACUUUAAAUGUUUACAUGUAAUAAAACCCAGAUGAGUUCUGAUUACGGAGGAUAAAUGAAGAUGUAAGAUGUAAUGAAGAUGUAAAUGCAGUAAUACAAUAUAUAUGUAGAGAUGGUGCAAUGUAACUGUAAAUGACAUUGGUGUGGAGCUGGGUACUUUCUGUUUAAUGUGGGAAUUUGCUGUUAUAAUUUAAGAUUUCUUUCAUGUGUUUGAAAAGAAAGUGCUUUUCCGGUGACCGCUAUAGUAACAUGUAGUGACAUCAGGGCUGUUUAGUCCAAUGGUAAUGCAGGUACCUCCCCCCCCCAGCCUCUGAGGGGGCUCCAGCUUGCCAGCCGAUUACAUUUUGCCUUGGAUGAGGGUGCCAUGGUGAUGCUGACCUAGGGAAGCAUGUCGGCCAGGCCGGUCCUGAGUGCAAUGUAAACACAGUGAUCAGUGUAAAACGGUGGAUCUCAGCCCUGUUCCUGGAGGAUCCCUGGCAGAACGUUUUAGUCCCAACCAACCAUACCUUAAUCAGAUGGUCCUUAAUAGGCCAGUAAUGGAUGUAGCAGGAUGAAACAAUGUGGCUUGGAAUGAAUCUGUCCCACGAAACUGUAUUUCUCAGCCAGAUAAUUUGUCAGAUUCAAGUUAUCAGGCUAAGCAGGAAAUCCAGAACUCCAUAGCAACAAAGUCCAGCCGUAUACUUGGGAAGCCAAAGGGUUUUACUACGUCACCAAUCAACAAACAAAUAACAGGAGUAUGGAAGAAAACAAACACAUUUAGCCAGUCCAGCUCCUUGAAGCGGCGCCUUGGUCAGGCAGAUGAGAGCAAAACAAAACCCCCAAAAGCAAGAAUAUAAAAUAAUAUAUUAUAAUUAAUAUAAUAGUACGAAUGAGCUACUGGUCAUACUACGUUGUAGGUGGUUUGCGUCAACAGAAUGGGGCGGAGGUAGGGCAGUGGGGGAAAGCUAAUCACAAGUCCGAUAGCCUGUGGGUAGACGCUGUUGCGCAGCCUUGUGGUCCAUGAUAUCCCACUCCUAUAGCAUGUAUGUAAUGGUAGGAAUGUGGACAGGCUGAACUGAGGCGGGAUUCUGUCCUGUAUGAUGCCCCCCAAGGAUGCUAGUGUGAUAUUGCAGGAGGAACAUGCAAUGGGCAUGAUAGUUGAACCGCGAUAUAGCGGGGGAUCAUUGUAUAUGACAUCUAAACCAUGCAGGCGUGAUGAAUACUGAUCUUCAGACCCUGAAUCUCGCACAAGAAGUAGUGAUCCUGGCUCUUAACUGUUACAUGAACACUGCAUGAACCAGAACAGAAAUCUAGUUUACCAAUAUUUUAUUUAUAUCUAUGGGCAAAGAUGUAGGUUUGGUUUCAACACUGGGAGGGACCUAAUCAGCCCCAACCCUCCUGCCUCCCUGAAGACAGACGGUACCCCCACAUUGUCGGUAGAGACAUGUCCUUCCCUCACACCCAAAUCUAUGCUUCUCUCCAUGAGACACACACACAUGUGACAGAAAACUUAAGGGUGACACUGCAGGAUCGGUCACUGGCCAGUGCUCUUCAAGCAAUUGCUCAAGGCCCAAGAGCUGCCCUGGGAUUCGAUCAUGUGACCUUCCUGAGCCCUAACCCGCUGCCCCCCCCCUUAUAUCUCUUGAUUUUAUUUCAAAUCCAGAAUAAUUAUUUUAAAAUACUUGUACAUUUCUUGUUGUGCAGGUACAGAUAAGUUUUUCAAUCCACCAGAGGAUAUUUUUGUGUUAAUGUUUAUCUAAUUUUCUUGAAUCAGACUGGCUAUGAAAUUAGCAAUUUGUAAUUGCAUGUCUGUGUUUUGUUUGCUUUGCACAGCGUCCUUUUCCAUUCUCCUGAGAUGCACUGUAUACAUGUGCUGCUAUUCUUUCCAGCUGAGCUCUUGAUUACCCCCCAUUCUAUGCUUUAUUUAAUUUGCACACGCCUUGAAAUUCACACUUUCAGGUGUUUUUGGGAUGGUGUGGUGAGGCCUGUGAAAAUAUCUGUACAUUAAGCGGGUGAGAUAUUUUUAAGCAAAAUUGUCUCAUUACAGGGUGUGUACAGCUACGAAAUACAAUAUUUUUCACUGUAAAAUGUUUAACAGUAACCUGCAUUUUUUCAUUGUUCCUUCGUCCUUUGAGGGAUUCAAACAACAUGAUUUUCAGUGUUUCAUCAUCGCUUGAUACAUACUUUUUCAUUACUGGGCCUAUAUCAUCUCUAGGGAAUUAGACUAAAAUGUUAGAAUCCCUUUCAUUUGAGAGACUACAGUACUGCAUAAUAUACUUAUAUUUGUCAGUAGUGUCUUACCAACCAUAAUUUAUCAAACUUUACCAUACACAUGUAUAAAAAUCACAUGGCAUUUGGGAUCAACGGAUGGUUGGUGUCCACAGAUGCAGGAAUGACUGCUGUAUUCUUAGACAGCUUUUGUAGACUA